GACCCUAAAUGAUGACUCUCCCCUGGGGCUGCGCAGGAUCCUGUCCCAGUCCACAGACUCCCUCAACUUCAGGACCAGAGCUAUGUCUGUGGAGUCUCUCACUGAUGACGGAGACAUCUACUAUACUUCAGUACUGGAGGAGUUGGAGUUCGAGGGUCAGGACUUUAAGGCAGACUCAUGGAGCAUGGCAGUGGACAGCAGUUACUUGCAGGCACACCGUAAAAACAUCAUCAAGAGGCAGGACGUCAUAUAUGAACUGAUUCAGACAGAGCUGCACCACAUGCGAACACUGCAUAUCAUGGAAAGGGUGUUCCGGCAGGGUAUGCUGGAGGAGCUUCAACUGGACCCCAGCACUGUGCAUGCCAUGUUCCCCUGCCUGGACCAGCUGAUCAGGAUACAUUCCCAUUUCCUGGCACAACUUCUCCUGCGGCGCAACAACAGUCUGCAGCCUGGAUCCAGCCGCAACUUCACCAUUCAACAGCUAGGGGACAUACUACUAGAGCAGUUCUCAGGCCAGUGUGCAGAUGAUAUGCGGAAAACCUACGCUGAGUUCUGUAGCCGCCACUUGAAGGCUGUCAAAUCGUACAAGGAACUGCUGGCCAGAGACAAGAGGUUCCAGUGCUUCAUACGG